AGGCGUCACGGGCGCGCCGGAUGCUGAAGGAGCGCUUCCGGGAGGCCGUUGGGAGCCGUUGGAGAGCGGGUGUUGCAGGGAACAUUACUUGGAGAAUGUCUGGAAGUUUCUACUUUGUGAUAGUUGGUCAUCAUGAUAAUCCCAUAUUUGAAAUGGAAUUUCUGCCUCCUGGAAAAGUGGAGUCCAAGGAUGAUCAUCGCCAUCUCAACCAGUUCAUUGCCCAUGCUGCUCUUGACCUAGUAGAUGAGAACAUGUGGCUUUCUAACAACAUGUAUCUGAAGACUGUGGACAAGUUUAAUGAAUGGUUUGUUUCGGCUUUUGUCACAGCUGGACAUAUGAGAUUUAUAAUGCUUCAUGAUGUAAGACAAGAAGAUGGAAUUAAGAACUUCUUUAAUGACGUAUAUGACCUAUAUAUAAAGUUUGCAAUGAAUCCAUUUUAUGAACUUAAUUCUCCUAUUCGAUCCAGUGCCUUUGAAAGGAAAGUACAGUUCCUUGGGAAGAAACACCUGUUAAGCUGAAUAAAGAAAUUUCCUGAGUGAGUGCUUUUUCCAUACUUCCCUGAUUAUUUGAACUGUAGUUCUUGUGGUUAUUUCUCAGCAUGUUUGAUAUUCAUCUUCUGAAGACUGACAAACUGGAUGCUGAAGAAGCUUUUUUGUUGCUGUUGCCAAUAGAGAUCAGAACAGCCAAGCUUCUCUGGUUAAAACGUGUAACUUAAGAAGUUUCCUUUUAUGUGCUAUGAAAUAGAUACAAACUGAGAUGUGGGUGCCAGUGCAUAUGCAAAAUGUAAGCCUCUUGUAUGCGGUGGGAGGAAGUCAGAUCCAAACACAAAAAACAUCUCCAGUCAUGCAAUUUAAUAUAAAUAAAUAAUAAAAGGGAAUUCUUGACUUGGCCUAAGGGUUAAUUUUGCUAUACACUUUUCUACUUACAGACCUUUGCUACAGAACAUACUCUGCAGAUUAAUCAGACUAACCUUACUCUUUGUGGUGUUAAAUUAGGUCUAUAUUUAUAUUGUAAUGUAGGUAUUAUAAAGUGUUUAAUAAAGAUGGUGUAUCAGUAAAGCUCUGUCUUCAAUAUUUUGAUUUGGGAAAAAAACUGUAAUGUUUUAGAGCUUAAAAUUGAAAGCUUCAAACUUACUAGAUGUUUAGUGAGAUACACGUUUAGCUGCAGUGUUGCAUUAAGGGAAAUGACUGAAGUAGCCCAGAACACCUGUGUCUGGCCUGACUUUGAUCCUAAUUCACGUACGGAAAAAAACUAGACUUGUAUGUUUAAACCCAUGUUUUUCCAUUUUCUCUGCAAGUGCUGAAAAGAAAAUAUGUUAAGAAUAGGAUGUUUGAACCAUGAAUCUCUAUUUGUUGACGUUUCAGAAAGGCAUUAUUUAGCCUGUCUGGCUGAUAUUCCAUUGUAAAAUGUGGCUAGGGACUCUUCUGCAAAACUCACGAUCAUUCCAAACCAGCAAUUUUUGAAUGGGCCGUUUGGCAUAUAUGUACCUAAUAUUUUGCUUGGUUUCACAAUCUUUUAAGUAGCCUGUUUUCUUUUGCAGUGGAGCUGUGUAAGCUGUCUUCUUGGACUUCUUUAUGAAAUGUCUGAGAAGUAAUUCUCAAAGGAAGUGGCAUGCUGUUCUAAGAAUUACAUUUUGCAUAGUCUGUAUAAAGGGACCACAUGUGUAUGUGCUUUAAAUGUACAGCCAGUCAUUAUUUCUUUGUAAUUUAUGCUUACUGCUACACUGUCACUGUAAAAUACUAUACAAGAACACAAUACAAAGGUGCAAUAUACCUUAAAUAAAACAUAGAAUGAUGCAGAAUGGAUGCCUGUUGGGUAUACUUGAAAUGAUCUAAGAGAAAACUAAACGAUCGCAGUAAGGCUACCUUACUGGUGGGAUGGCAAGUGAAGAUGGGAAUGCUUGUCUUUGCAGUAUUAUUUCAUAAAAAGUGCAUUGUACAAAAAUAUAUUGACAUUUUAAUAAUGUCGUAUAAUCCUGUAUAAAUCAACUGGUUUGGGAUUUUUUGCUAUACACAUGAAAAUCAUAGAAACUCAGUUGAAGUGUUCUCAUUCGUGCGAUAAGGAACCAUUAAGCUGGAGCCUUUACGCUGUUUUCUGCCUCCUCCCCAGUAGCAGGAUGAUUGGAAAAAUACCAACACUUAAGAUUCAGUGAGGAAGUGCUUAUGUUAAAUAAUCAUAUGUGGCAGUAAGAAGAGUUUUGGCAGAGAUGAAGGAUUAGUGCUAAGAGUUUCCACCAGUUUUGGAAACUGUAGGGAUUGUCGAUAAUUACAUUCUUUUCUGCCAUCACACAGUAGAAAGUUAGGUAAAAUAACAGCAUUUUCUCUCUUACCUGAUCUCUGAAGGCAGUUAGCCAAACAGUGCCUGUUUUUAUACCCCCCAUACACUUUACCUCUUUUACUCUGUAUAUAGGAGUUGUAAAUGGGAAACGCAGUCUCACAGGUCCUUCUAGGCUUUAUGAAAACAGGCUGUUACUGGCCUCAGGAAAGGGAGAAUUCUGUCUGAACUCA